UCAGAGCCCUAGGCACUCCCCCCGGGACCCCACAGCCCCUUUCAGGACACCUCCGACCCCCCAGGAUCCUGAACUCUGCCCCCCUUGGGAGCCCUCAGUACCCUCCAGCGCCCCGCAGCCCCCCCAAGUGACCCCACAGACUCCCCUGGGUGGGAUGUGACCGACCCCACAGCCUGUCCCCCACGGGGCCAGGGCACUCCGCAGCCUUCCCUCAGCGUGGCCUUCACCCCUGUCCCUGUCACAGCCCAGGGCACAUGGGGGGGGGGGGACGGGGACAGGCCUGGCACUGCCCCCAGCAGCUGCAGGGGGCUCCGGACGACCCCUCCAACCCUCAGGGGUUGCUCGGCAGCUCCUGCCCCACAGCUCGAGGAGUUCAGGGCCGUCCCAGGCAGCAAAACGCGGCAGCGGGUGCCCGCGGGGUGUGCCACUUCCCUCUCAAAUUGGGAAACUCGAAAACACAAAGUGGGAGGAACAGUCCCCUCCCCUCCCCUCCCCUGCCACCGCCAGAGCCACAGCCCGGGCACCCACCCACGGACAUCCGCCAGCAGCACGAGUGCGGCCCCGCGAGCUCCGGUGGGGUGAGAGGGGGUCGCUGUCACCCCCGGGACCCCCGGGACCCCCGGGCUGCCCCUGCGGAGCUGCUCGACCAGAGAGGUACGGACCCCCGCGUGCCCCCGGAUCCGGUGACUCCCGGCCAGGCUCUUCCCCCCGGCAGCGCCCCGGGCCCCGAGCCCCAGCCCGGGCUGCGACCACCCAGGACCCGCUUGGACCGGUGCCCCCACCCCGGUACCAGUCCGGGCAGCGCCCCUGACCCUGACCCGGCGCCUCCGACCCGUCCCGAACAGGACCCCCAGCCGGUGCCCCGGGCCCGGAACGUCCUCGGACGGGAGCUCCCGAUCCCCGCAGGACCCCGCGGGCGGCAUUCCUGACCCUCAGCCGGUUCCCCCCUCUUCGGCAGCGCUGUGGCCGGUGUGCCGGUCCCGGCAGGGCCCCAAGGACGCUGCCCGCCUCCCCCCCGCCCAGACGUUGGCCCCGGUGCCGCGGCGC